AUGGCCCAAUCCCGAUGGUGGCUGUAUGUCCAGGCUGUCUUCUGGCGCUUUCUGAUGCGCAUUGGAAUGUUCCUACACGAUAUCGGUCCGACUAGCCCACCGCGACCGUCCUUCACUCGCAGCGUGACCUCCGACAGCCAUGGAAACUCGAUCGUCCUCCACUUUUACUGUCCACCCGACUACCAUGAACAACGACGCUUAGGUCAUCGAUACCCAGUUGCCGUCAACUUCCACGGUGGCGGUUUCACCCUCGGCUGUGCCACUGAUGACUCCCGCUGGAUCAAGGUGAUCCUGGAUAAUGUCGGGGCGGUGGUUGUCAGUGUGAGCUACCGGCGGGCACCGGAGCACCCUUUCCCCGCCGCAGUGGACGACGGUGUCGAAGGUCUACUCUAUCUAGCAGCACAUGCCACCGAACUGGGCUUGGACGUGAGUCGAGUGGCGCUGAGCGGGUUCUCAGCCGGCGGAAACCUGGCAGUCACCGUGCCGUUGAGGUUGCGUAGCCGGAUAUCAUCCGAGAUCAAGGAAAACCUGGGCCGCGCAGAAUCAACCCAGAACCUCAUCAACCAGAUCAGUGAUCUUCACAUCGUUGCAUUGUUCUGCUGGUACCCUAUUCUGGACUUCCAGGAAUCACGGGACCAUCGCCGCGCGAUGAGUCUCAUGCCGAACAAGACGCUCCCUGCCUUCUUUACCACCCUCUUUGAUGAGGCUUAUCUGCCCAACCUGGAGGAUCGUGCUUCACCUUAUGCGUCUCCUGUGCGUGCCACCGAUCAAGUUCUAGCAGAGGCCCUCCCCCGUGAUGUCUUUUUGUUCAUCUGCGAGUGGGACAUGCUUAUGAAGGAGGGCCAACAAUUCGUGCGUCGCCUUGAAGGCCUUGGGAAACGCGUUCGGGCCAUGCUUAUCGAGAAGGCCAAGCAUGCGUGGGACAAGUCACCCAAUCCAUGGCGGGACCAGAACAGCGUGGAUGUUCUCUACCGUGAUGCCUGCGCCGACAUGAAGGCUAUCUUCGAUCGGUGA